GGAUGAGGUCUCUUCUGUGGACAUUGAACUCCCAGCUACCUAUGCCUAUUGCCUGUGAUGGAAGAACUGGAUGUUAAUGUGAGUUCGAGUGAGGGCUUCGGCAUAGCGGAGAAGAUCGUGCUGCUCACCUUCAUCUCCGCCGUCAUUCUGAUGGCCAUCCUGGGGAACCUGCUGGUGAUGGUGGCCGUGUGCCGGGACAGGCAGCUCAGGAAAAUCAAGACCAAUUAUUUCAUUGUUUCCCUUGCCUUUGCGGACCUGCUGGUGUCAGUGCUGGUGAUGCCCUUCGGAGCCAUUGAGUUGGUUCAGGACAACUGGAUCUAUGGAGAGAUGUUCUGCCUGGUCCGGACGUCCCUCGAUGUCCUGCUCACCACGGCAUCAAUCCUGCACCUGUGCUGUAUCUCACUGGACAGGUACUAUGCUAUCUGCUGCCAGCCUCUGGUGUACAGGAACAAGAUGACCCCACUGCGCAUCGCUGUAAUGCUCGGAGGGUGCUGGGUAAUCCCAACAUUUAUUUCUUUCCUCCCUAUCAUGCAAGGCUGGAAUAGCAUUGGCAUCAUUGAUCUGAUUCAGCAAAGACAGUUCAACAAGGCUUCCAACUCCACCUACUGCAUAUUCAUGGUCAACAAGCCAUACGCCAUUACCUGCUCCGUGGUGGCCUUCUACAUCCCCUUCUUCCUGAUGGUGCUGGCUUACUACCGCAUCUACAUCACGGCGCGGGAGCACGCCCGGCAGAUCCAGGUGCUGCAGCGCGCGGGGGCCCCCACGGACGACCGGCAGCACCCCCCGGACCAGCACAGCACCCACCGCAUGAAGACUGAGACCAAAGCUGCCAAGACCCUGUGCAUCAUCAUGGGGUGCUUCUGCCUGUGCUGGGCCCCCUUCUUUGUCACAAACAUAGUGGACCCUUUCAUAAACUACACGGUGCCGGGGAAGCUGUGGACGGCUUUCCUGUGGCUGGGCUAUAUCAAUUCAGGGUUGAACCCUUUCCUCUACGCCUUCCUGAACAAGUCUUUCAGACGUGCCUUCCUCAUCAUCCUGUGCUGUGGGGAUGAGCGAUACCGAAGACCUUCCAUCCUGGGGCAGACGGUGCCCUGUUCCACCACCACGAUAAAUGGAUCGACGCACGUGCUAAGGUACACUGUUUUACGCAAUGGGCAUCAUCAGGAACAUGAGAAGCUUCCCAUCCACAACGACCCUGAAUCCCAAGAGUCCUGUUUCUAGUCAUGGUCCUAACAGAGGAAUGGUCCGGCUGAAAGAACCUUUUAGAAUAUCCAAAGGAUUCACGGACAGCAGGACUUGUUGAAAAAUCAUUCAUCUGCAUUGUCAUGGUGCCUCCUACACUGACUUCACAUGGGUGUCCAGCUGUGAGAUGGAUGGAAGGUACAGGACUCCUGUACCUGCAGGGAUGGCUGGACCAUGGCUAUGCCACAGCUUUAUUCCAGAGGGGGUGAUUCCUGUCAACGUAAGGACACAAAACAAAUACAAACCACUCAGUGAAGGGACUUCUGCUCUCCUUUUCCAGCUGCCCUCUGUGUACAAGUCAUCUCUCUGUCCUGCAGUCUUAGAGAUCACAAGGUCUGGCUGAAGCCCUAUCAGGAUGUGAGACUAAAGCCCUGCUUUAUCUGUGCGAGAUCCUGCCCGUGGUGACUGGAUGGUCAGGGGAGAAACAGCACUAUGUUUUCUUCAGCAAAAUAAGGGGGAACAUUUGCCCUUUGAUUAUAGCUACUGGUGAAGGGUCAGCACGAGCUGCUGGUUCACCCAACCCUGCAGAGCUUUGUAAAUGCUUUUAUUGUGUUUCCUGGCCACGUUCACUGGUGGAAGCCUGACAAGCUGGAAUGGGACCUACAGAGACAUCUCACCUCUGACAGGGCCCUGCCAGCACUGCUCCAGUCCAGCCCAUGGGCCCAAAGCCUUAUCCAUCCUCUGCCAUUUGGAGGCCAGUGGAGAGGAUAUGGCCCUCAAACCCAGGCAAGCUGCCAGUGCUGUGCUCACUUGAGCAAACUUUAGGCAUUCCGACCCAAAAGAAAGGUUGGCCAAGAGACAGUCAGUCUGUAAUAGAUCACUAAGUGCCAUCUUGAAAACUACACCAUCUAAUAAACUUUUCUAGCUACAUUAGGGAGAGAGACUUCCACUUCCAUUUUCCACCUUUAUUUUUGUAUUUGUUUCGGUUCCCUUCCAGUUUCAAGAAGUUUCAAGAUUUUCAAAUAUCACCAUAUGCACAUCUGCUUGCAAAGAUCUCAGUCCUCAGCUGCUUCCUGCAUGUAGAUGUUGCCAUAUUCCUUGUGAGCUGCUUCCACCUUUGCAUGGAAAGGGUGAGCAAGGCUGUAGACUUCGCAACUUUGGGAGAAUGAUCUUCAUGCAGUAGGAAAUAUGCAGGAUCAAGACUAUGAGCCUCUACCCUUUUUAGAUGAAGAUCGAACCCAGAGAUGCCACCCUGAGCCUAGAAAAUAAACUUGUACUUUGUUAUAUUGUGUAAUCAUGUACAGCUAUUUUUAAUGUAAAUAGAAAAGGUGACAUUAUUUAUUAUUUUUUAUCAGGAACAUGUGUUUUUUUCAUUAAAAGCUUCUAGACCCAGGAGCUUAACAUUAUAUGUAUUAUUAUUUAGUAAUAUUUCUGUUGCUAUGUGACAGGUAUUUACUAUAAACAGACAAAUCCUGCUUUGAACAAACAAAAAUGUUGCUCAGUAGGAAAAAAAUUGUGCAUGAUAAAAACAAGUGGCUUCCCUGCCAUGGUGUCUGACUUCUUUAAAUACUUCUUCCACAUAAAACUCACUGACAAAACUUCACAGCAUUUUCCUUUAGGUUUCAAAAGGACUCAGGGGAGAAAUAGCCCUAAUUAGAAGACCAGACACUUACCAAAGUAGAGAAGUGCUGGCAGUUAGAAAGAGACAAACUGUUGGUGUUUUCAUGGAAAGUGCUCCUGGUUCAUCAUUAGGACUUGUUUGGCAAUGACCUGUUUUUACAGGGCUUUGUUUCCAAAACAACUCUACUGUGGACAUCAAAACAGAGCAGAGAGUGAAAAAAGAAAGGUCAAUAUUUAAAGUUUGGAAAAAAAUCCAUCCAGGGCUGCUUGAGUCCUGUGAUCCUCACCCUCUGUGGGACUGCUCGCUUUGGUUAUGUCAGGAUUUGGGUACAUGACUCUGCAGAACAGGUUGUCUUGGUUUCACCUCAAGUGUCAAAUUUCUUAGAGAAGUCCGAAGCUUUUCUCUGUCCCCAUUAAAAGGCAUCAAAAUAUUGGUGUGAAAUUUCUUGGAGUGAUCUGGAAUCAGCAGCAUGGGGAUGCUACAGUAAUGGUGUUUUUUGUUUCUGCUGUUGUCCUUGAAGUGUUGUUUUCUCCUAUGUUUUUAUGUGCAUUAGUAAUAUAUCUCUUCUUAAUUUAAAAUUAACUCCUCAACAGGGCAAUUUCCUCACAGGCAACAUUCCAUCAAUGGGCUCUAUCAAUGGGAGCAGUAGCUCACUAGCCAAAAUGGUCAACAGCUGUGAUGGGAAAAAAAUUCCAAACACUGUAUUUGAAUGAAAAACCAAACACAAAAUGUCCACGUUCUUGUGUCAUUUCUGACAAACUGUUGGACUCAGCAAACCUGUCAUGAACCACCUGGCAGCUCCUGCUUAGUAAGUCAAUAAUCUCAGCAAAGCUUCUGUGAACCCAGCAAAUGACGUUGUCUGUCAUCAGUAAUGGUAGAAUUUCUCUAGGAAAGGAGCUGUCUCACAGAAAGGACCCAGACUCAAUUUCCUUUGCUAAAGGUGGCUGCUCCUUCAGCCUCUCAGUUUAGCUUCCCAUUGACCCUCUUGGCUGGUGGUGUCAGAGCCUUUGCCUGUGCUGAAUAAUGUGUAAUGCAUUGGCUGUUUCUAAAAAUAAAAAAUCUUCUGUGUGCACUGAAGUGAACUCCAGCUCAUGCUCAUUUCUUGGCUGUUUUCACUCAAAACACAUGAUGUGACCAAGUUACACUUUCUUGCCUUCCAAGACACUCUAAC